GUAGUGAACAUGGAAGCCACAUCACUUUUUAGGCCAAAAAUUGGAUAUCAAUUUUCUCUUCGUUCUACGACAAAUUUAUUUCCGUCAAGAAAACUCUAUGGCUUUCCUCUGACCUCAUUUGUCGGUAAGCCUAUAAAGCCUAUUCGUUUGAAGGUCUCUAAUACUCUGACUAGUGAUGAUCAAGAAAGUACUCGCAAGUUCAAGAAAAUACCACCUUCUGAAUGGACUCACCACUUCCACUCGUUACCCCUUGAUGUCUCGGAAAUGGAUGCGCUUAGUACAUAGAUCGAUGCACUAAAGCCGAAAGUGAAGGACACAUUCAUGUUGUCCCAAAGCAGUGACUCUACAAAGAAGAAAAUCCUUAUGAUAUAUUUGUUUGUGAGCCUGGGCAUUGUGCAUCACUUCGAGGAAGAGAUCUAUGAGACCCUAAAAGAAGGUUUCAAACAGAUAGAGAAGAUGAUGGCCGGUGAAGAAGAUUUGUACACAGUUUCGAUCGUCUUCUGGGUUCUCAGAAGAUAUGGUCACAUCAUAUCUUCAGAUGUAUUCACAAGAUUCAAAGGUAGCAAUGGAACUUUUAGAGAGUCUCUUAUCGGAGAUGCCAAGGGUAUGUUGAGCUUGUAUGAAGCUGCACAUCUGGCGACAACGAUUUUUACAUCUAGCCACUUGGAGUCAUUAGUUGCAAGUGGAACAUGUCCACCUCAUCUUUUAGUGCGUAUGCGAAAUGCUCUUCGUCUAUCUCAGCAUUGGAACUUGGAGAUAUUAGUCCCAGUGGAUUUCAUCCCAUUCUAUAAACAAGAAAAAGAUCAUGACGAGAUGCUACUCAAGUUUGCUCAGCUCAGUUUCAAGUUUCUACAGCUCAUAUACAUUCAGGAUCUCAAAAUCCUUACAAAAUGGUACAAGGACAUAGAUUUCGAGUCUAAGUUCCCACCUUACUUCAAAGAAAGAUGCGUCGAAAAUUAUUUCUUUGUGUUAUUCGUGUUCUUUGAACCACAAUUCUCAGGUGCAAGGAUUAUGUUGGCUCGGAGCUUCGUCAUUCAGGGGAUUUUAGAUGACACAUUCGAUAGAUAUGCAUCUCUUUCUGAGACUGAAAGCCUUGGCAACAGCUUGAAAAGGUGGGCUCCCGAUCAUUCCAUGGAUAAACAACCUGAAUAUUUGAAAUCCGUAUUGAAUGUUAUAUUGGAUACUUUCGAAGAGUUUGAAAAGGAACUUAGUCCAGAAGGGAGAUCUUACAGUGUGAAUACGACAAUUGAAGAGUUCAAGGUGGUUUCGGAAGCCAACGUUGAGUUCGCAAAAUGGGAACAUGUGGCUCACGUACCUAGCUUUGAGAGGUACAUGGAAGUUGGAGAGUUGGAGGUCGUGGUAUGUACGACCGUGGCAGGUAUCUUAAUGUCUAUGGGAAAAAUGGGUACGAAGGAAGCUUCUGAGUGGCUAAAAUCCAGACCAAAACUCGUCCAAUCUUUAUGUACUAAAAAUCGUCUUAUGAAUGAUAUAGCUGGUUUCGAGGAUGACAUGAGUAGAGGAUAUCUCGCAAAUUCGGUCGAUUGUUAUAUGAAGCAAUAUGGAGUUACUGAAGAGGAAGCCUUCAAAGAGCUUCAUAAAAUGGUUGCAAAUGCAAAUAAGACCAUAAAUGAGGAGUUCUUGACAAUCACUUGCGUGUCAAAUUGUGUUCUUAAGGAAUGCAUGGAUUCACGCAUGAUCACCGUCACCUACAAUGGAUAUGAAGGAUUCACCCAUCCCGAAGGAAAAACCAAGGAGUAUAUGACGUCAAUAUUCGUCGAUCAGAUCUGUGUUUGA